AUGGCCAUUACCGUAGUAGCCCUCAAUGGCAAGCCCAGUCCGGGUCGGGUCCCGACGCUGCAAUUGAGUUCCAACUGUGUGAUUGUGCCCUGCCGGUACCUAUCUGAAGCUGACGGGCAGCACAAUCUCAUCUUCGGCUAUGGGAAAAAGGCGCCGGCGCAUUUCGGGCAUUGA